GGUGUCUUCCUUUUGCUCUUAAACUACAACCAAACUCCUUUCCAAGGCUUACCCCUCCUAACCUGUGCUAGACUCUGUUGACCUGUGUGGCCUCCUCCCACAAAGGCUCUUGCUGCAUUCACAGCCAUCUUUGAAGUUCAUUCCCACCUCAGGGCCUUCACUCCUGCUGGUGGUGGCUCUUCUUGUACCACCCUCCCCUUAACUCAGUCCAUUAGUAGGCUCCUUCACACCAUUCAGGAUUCAAGUGUAAAAUAGACCACCCAAAAUAAAAUAGUCCCCACCUCUGCUCAUUUGUAUCAUAGUACUAUUUCAUUCCUUCAAAGCACAUCACUAUCUGAAAUUCUUUGUUUUUCUUGUAUAUCAUUUGCCUCUGCCACUAGAAUAUAAGCUCUAGGGGGGUUACAUAUAUGGCUGCUUGUUUAGCAUUGUAUCCCCAGAACCACGUGUGCCUGGCACAUGGUGGGCACUUAAUAAAUGUUAAGUGAAUGAAUGGAUGGACUUGGGAGGAGGGAGUAAGGCCUGUAGAGUAGUAGCACUGUAGUGAGCCCCUGCCCUGGUGUCUGCUUUAUGAUGUCAGCUCCCUUUGCCUUCGGAGGGGACAGGGUUGCCACAGGGCACAGAGGAGCAGCUCAAUCCAGCCAAGUGCCCAGCCUGCUCUAAAGAUGACAACAGCAACACGACAAGAAGUUCUUGGCCUCUACCGCAGCAUUUUCAGGCUUGCAAGGAAAUGGCAGGCGGCCUCGGGGCAGAUGGAAGACACCAUCGAAGAAAAACAGUAUAUACUAAAUGAAGCUAGAACACUGUUCCAGAAAAAUAAAAAUCUCACAGACCCAGAGCUGAUUAAACAGUGUAUAGAUGAAUGCACAGCCAGGAUUGAAAUUGGACUGCAUUACCAGAUUCCUUAUCCUAGGCCAAUUCAUCUACCUCCAAUGGGCCUCACGCCACUACGAGGCCGGGGACUUCGAAGCCAGGAGAAACUGAGGAAACUUUCAAAACCAGUAUAUCUCAAAUCUCAUGAUGAAAUUUCCUAAUCUGGAAGAAAGUUUAUUUCUGGGAAUGAUGAGCCAGCUAGGUCUUGAAUGUAAACCAGAUGGCAAAACACUCCUUGAUGAGGGGCAAAAAUUCUUAAAACCUCCCAAACUGAUUCUCACCCCACAAGGUGUGCUCACAUAUCCCCAGAGUUUGCCUGAGUCUUACUGCCUGAGGGGAUGGCAUUAACCCUAGAUGUCAUGGGCCUUAUAUCCUCACUGAAGACACCUUUGGAAAUAAGACUAAGGCCUGUGGGAGGACGGCUGAAGGGUGAGAAAGCUUUACAUGGGCAUGCCAUUCACAUGUGCCAGCUCAUGCAAAAAAGCCAGUUGCUGGAAUUUAUUAUGGCUACUGUAAAACUAUGUACCACUCUCAGGAUUUUUUUUCAAGUUAUAGAUUUACUUUAAAGUGGGGUGUUUUCUGUGUGCUUUUUGUUGUCUUUUGACCCUUCUGACUUCCAGAUAAACUCCCCUUAAAAAGUGCAUCAUUGGAUUGAUCAUGGUUUUUCAUGGAAAUUUUAUAUGAGACUCAUUUCUGUCUUAGUUGAAUGCAUAUUUAUCUUAUCUUAAAGCCUGCGAUUUCUUAGGCUGCACUUAGGAUCUGAAAAGCUCACUUGAAACUCAUACUGCAUUCAUUGUGAGUAUUUUACGUUAAUAUAAUUGAAAAGGACAAGGUCCAAACUGGCUUUCAAAUUAUGUCUAAACAGAAAUGGGACAAAUAUAGAUGACAAUAUAAAGGAUUUAUAACCCUGCAGGUGUGGAGUUAGGCGAGAGUCCCACGCCAAGUCAUUUGUACAUUAGUGUCAUUCCUUCUUACCUACAAAGAAGAUGGGCAUCACCAAUAAAGGCAAAUUUCUAUCAA